AUGUCUGAACACACUCCAGCCCCCUACAGACCUAGGUCUGUCUACGGCUAUGCCCUGUACAUCGGCUCGAACAUGUUGUUCUUUCUCUACCUCGUCUGGGCAGUUGUCCCUGAGAAUUUACUUCACGAGAAACUGGGCCUCACAUAUUGGCCUGUGAAAUACUGGGCAGUGGCCAUUCCCAUCUGGGCACUCACUGCAAUAGCAAUAUUCGCCUUCAUAAUUUAUCCAGGAAUCAACAUGCUGAUAACCCCAGACAUCAAUGACAUCAGAACAAUAAAGGAUCAGUACUCACUUGCUCUGAGUGAGAACAUUUCUGGAGGCAUUCCACCCGUCUCGGAUGUACCUAUCACUGAUGUUUGUAGACGAUUGUACUUGAGUGAGAGGGGGAUUAAUUAGCAAAUUUUGUAAUUAUUCAUCAUUGGAAAAUAUAUCAGUUAUAAAUUUA